GGCUUCGAAUGCAGCACAAGCCAUGUCGGGUUUUCUCAAAACGGUGUGAAGUCAAGUGUGCGGACUAAAAUGUUGUUCGGUUACAGGACAGACUGCACCCAUUGGUAAAAGUGACGCACGUUUCUAUCUCAAGUUGAUCUGCAAACUGUCAUUAGUAAACAGAAUUCGAGAGAGUACAACCAGACGUCUCCGAGUCCAGAAAUGCCAGAUUCAGCGUCAAGUGAUCCUGGUUCAAGGGUAUUUGACCCUCAACAUUCCCUGAACCUCCUCAGAGUUCUUCGUACCUUCUGGCAAGAGCAAAGCUUCCAUGAUGCACUGCUGGUGGUAGACGGUGAGGAGCUUCCUAUCCAGAAAAACAUCCUGGCUGCAGCCAGCCCUUAUAUCCGGACCAAACUGAACUACAAUCCUCCAAAAGAAGAUGGCUCAGUGUACAGGAUUGAGCUACAGGGGGUCUCCAUGCUCAUCAUGAAACAGAUUCUGGACUACAUCUUCAGUGGUGAAAUCACUUUGAGCGAAGGGACCAUCCAGGACAUGGUGCAAGCAUCUGACCUGCUCCUCAUGACUGAGCUGAAGUUGCUGUGCUGCCAGUUCCUCGAAAGUUGCAUCACAGCAGAGAACUGUAUCGGCAUCCGUCUUUUCUCCCUCCAUUAUUGCCUGCACCACGUCCACUACGCUGCCACCGAGUACUUGCACACGCAUUUCCGCGAUGUGGCGCUCACAGAGGAGUUCAGGGAGUUGCCUCACAACCGACUUUGUGAGGUGCUGUCUGAGGAGAAGCUUAACGUCGGUAAUGAAAAGCAUGUUCUGGAGGCCGUGGUGCGAUGGUUAGUCCACGAUCCAGACGCUCGCAGGGUCCACAUGAAAGAAGUGAUGUCUGCCGUGUGGUUGCAAGGCUUGGAUGCAAGCUACCUCAGAGAACAGGCCAUGGGAGAGCCUCUGAUGAGAGAGGUGAUUAGAGAGCACUGCCAGCCAGUUCUAGGAGAGAGUCAGUUGCAGGGCGAAGCUCUUCUUGCUGCUUUCAAGCCUCGAGGUUACUCUGAGUGUAUUGUUGUCGUCGGCGGAGAGGAUCGAAGGACCAGAAAACCCACGGCUGUGACCCGCUGCAUGUGUCCACUCUAUGACACCAACCGACAAGCCUGGAUUGAGCUGCAGCCUAUGAGCAUUGCCCGUGUGGGUCAUGAGGUGGUCGCUGCUGAGGGAUUUCUAUUUGUGGUGGGUGGGACAGACGAGAACAACAUCGUCUUGGACACUGGUGAGAAGUAUGACGCAGACUCCAAUACAUGGAGCCCCAUCCCCCCAAUGUUACAGACUCGUCAGAACUUCGGCAUGGUGGAGCUGGAUGGUCUAAUUUAUAUUCUUGGUGGGGAGAAUGACGAAUGUGAACUGACUACUGUGGAAGUGUUUGACCCUCACGUCAAUACCUGGAAGAUGCAGACCAGUAUGACCAUGAUCCGCAAGGUGGGUUGCUAUGCCACUAUGAACAAGAAGAUCUAUGCCAUGGGUGGCGGUUCCUAUGGGAAACUUUUCGACUCCGUUGAAUGCUUUGACCCCAAAACCCAGCAGUGGACAGGACUCUGUCCGCUCAUGGAAAGAAGGUUUGGAUCGGUGGCCUGUGGCGUCGGUAAGGAACUCUACGUGUUUGGUGGAGUGAGAAGUCAGGAGAACGACAACCCAGAGCAACGUCAUAUGAUGACCUGCAAGUCUGAAUUCUACCAUGAUGAAAUGAGGAGGUGGAUGCUCCUAGAUGAGCAAAGCCUAUGUGUCCAGACGAGCUCAUCGUUCGUCUAUGGUGCAGUUCCCAUCGGAGGCAGCAUCUAUGUCGUUGGAGACUUGGACACCGGUACCAGUUUCGACUACAUCCGCGAGUUUCGCCGCAGCACGGGGACCUGGCAUCGUACCAAGCUCAUGCUAGCCGGCGACCUCUCCAAAACAACCUGUGCCGCACUUCGGAUCGCCAACUGCCGUCUGUUCCGCCUUCAGUUGAACCAAGGCAUGUUUCGAAUCAGAGUCUGAACUGAGGAAGAACAAAGCAGUUGGUGCAUAUCGCUUUCAAUUUUGCACACUUGUAAUGUAUACCCACAUAUGACAUGUCUGGGUUUAGGGAAUUCAAAAACACUGAAGUAUUUACUAAGUGUCUAACUAUGCUUAUUACUAGGGAGACUGUUUGCAGUAUACAGUUCAUGCUGUGUGACUUGGUUGCAAAAACCAUUGUUUUCUUUUUAUAGCCUGAUUUGAUUUAUUGAUUAGAUCAAAUGCUUGGUUUUUCAACCAAAUAUAUUUAGUCAUGGUUUUUAUUUUAUUUAUUUUUUUACUUCUAGUCUACUGCUUGAUGGGGGAUUUGGGUAACAGUGGAAAAAAAAGCAGUAGGCUAUGGAUACUUAUGGGGAAAUGAUCCAACAUGGUGUAUGUGUUUUUAUUUUUUACUGUUCUAGUGGAACAUUGAGUUAAUCAUUUGGAAAUCGGCAUAAGUAAGACUGGAGAAAAGACAAAAUAGCUUGCAAACACAUUUAGCAAGUUUGCCGGUAUGCUGGAAUUUCUCAUUUAGUACCAAAUGUUUUACAUAUAGUUUGUCUUGCACAAGUGACGAACCAUCUUUUUAAAAACAAGCCAAAUGAUUGUGUCUGAACAUUCGUUUUCUUUACUGCUUUUUGUCUACAUUAUUGCGUAAAAUGUUGAGAAGUGGCACCGCUAGGAAAUUUUGAAAUACGGCUUGUGAGCAAAAGGAAACCGUUAAUGUAAUUUCUGAGUCACAA